GCCCGCAUAUUUAAAAUUAUAUGGAAUUAACGAUUAUUUACUUUCUACAUUACAAAAUCAUUUACAAUCAAAUGGUUUAACCGAACGUGUUCAUGGAAAUUCCAGACGUGCAUCUAAAACUGAGUCUAGAGUUUUUUUAGACCUUAACAUAACAUUACCAAUUAAACAGUUUCUAGUGCAAUAUGGAAUGAUUCAUGGGUUUUCUUCUCCAUUAUGGCAUCAAGAUGAUUCUGGAGUUUUUAUUUAUCUUCCUACUGGCCAAAUCUACAAUUCGGUUUAUAAUGAAUAUAAAAAAAAUUUUUAUCUUAUGCAUAAUGAAUCAGAAAAAAUUAUUUCUUAUUUUAC